AUGAGAAUCGCCGAGAUCUCUUCACCGGAUCUCCGGUCGACACAGUCACAGGAUCCGAUAUCUGAUCUAUUUUGCAAACUAGAAGCAUUUACAACGGAAAUCGAACGCCAUUCACCGAAAUCUCCUUUGCCGGAGUCUCUCCACGCUAACCUCCGCCAGGGACUGACUCAACUAAUGUCACUCGCACCGUUCCAGAACUCUGUCAAGCUCCAGAUAUGGAAGCUGAGUUACCGUUUAUGGAACGCAUGCGUUGAUCUCUCCAACUGCAUCCGAUCAUCAUCGUCUAAGGUUACUGAGGAACACGCCAAACUGCGUCAAGUCUCGGCUGAUCUUCUCUUCCUCGCCGUUGACGUGUCCGGUGUACCUUCUCCUUACUUCAAGUGCGCUUCGUUUUUUUAUAAAACAGGUACAAUCUGGCAUGAUCUCAGUCAGUACGAUCUCGCUAGCAAUUGCUUCGAGAAGGCGACAGAUCUGACGUCAAAAAUCGAGAUUACGAAUGUAUCCGAUCGUGAAGAGCGUAGGCUGCUUCUUGAUUUAAAUAUCGCGAGAUCAAAGACAGCCUGGGAGGUUUCGGAUAAAAAUCUAGCGAUUAAUUUACUAAAUAGGUCGAAAAGAGUACUGUUUGGAAUUGCAGAGAACUAUAUGGCUUUAGUGAACCAAUAUAUGAAUUUUGGAAAAUUGGCUUUGUCAAAAAACGAAGUCUCUUGUGUAAACGAGGCGUUGAAGCUGAUGACUGAGGCUUUGGAAUUGUGUGAGAAGGGGUUAAGAAAUGUGAAAAAGACAGAGGAGACUCUAGCCUUAAAGGAAUUAAGGCUGAAGACGCUUAGAUUCAUGGCAGCAUCACAUUUGCAGAGAGAUGAAUUUGAGAGCGUUCUGAAGUGUGUGAAAGUUUUAAGAGACGGUGAGAAAGGGGAAGAUCAUCCGACCUCGAGUGUGUUAGCGAUGAAGGCCUGGUUAGGGUUAGGAAGGUACGGGGAGGCAGAGAAGGAGCUAAAGAGAAUGGUGGUAAAUAAGGGGAUUCCAGAGGGAGUUUGGAUAUCAGCGAUGGAGUCAUACUUGCAGGCAGUGGGCACCCCUGGGGCAGAGACAGCAAUGGGGGUGUUUCUGGGACUUCUAGGGAGGUGCCACAUCAGUGCUGGCGCAGCAAAUAGGUUGGUUCAGAGAGUAGUUGGUGACUGUGUGAACAGAGAGGGAAGUAGAGUGAGGGCUAAAGUGGUUGCUGAGUUUGUAUCCAGUGACAAGGUUGUUGCUCUUUUUGCUGGAGAGCUGGCUGCAAACGAGAGAUCCGUCAUGCAUGCUCUUCUCUGGAACUGUGCGGCAGAUCAUUUUCGUUCUAAGGAUUACGUGGUCAGUGCAGAAAUGUUUGAGAAGUCUCUACUUUAUGUCCCUCACGACAUCGAGAACAGAUCUAAUCGAGCAAAGGGCUUUAGAGUACUGUGUCUAUGUCACCUAGGCCUCUCCCAGCUGGAUAGAGCUCAAGAAUACAUUGAUGAGGCUGCUAAGCUGGAACCGAACAUUGCUUGUGCUUUCCUGAAGUUCAAGAUCUAUUUGCAAAACAAUGAUCAUAAUGGAGCUAUUACUCAAGUACAAGCAAUGCCAACCUGCAUUGACUUCACCCCAGAAUUCCUCUCACUAUCAGCCCAUGAAGCUAUUGCUUGCCGUGCUCUUCCUGUUGCAAUUGACUCAUUAUCCAGUCUUUUAACCUUCUUUCCCUUGGGGAAACCAAUGCCAACAACAGAAGUCAUAGUUUUCCGAACCCUUAUCACAAUUCUCAUUCAAGAACCUCGAAAUGAGACCGAAGUCCUUAAAUACAUGAAAAGAGCCCAUGCUCGUAUCUCUGAUCUUGGACCUGACCGGUUUUUUGGGACAGGUGAGGUUGGAAUAAGGGAACGAAACUGGUUUGCUUUGAACCUGUGGAAUAUUGGAUUGAAAAGCGGCCAGGAAAAGAACUAUCAAGUGUGUGGGGAACUUUUCAGAAUGUGUGCAGAAUAUUAUAGUGUUACAAUUGACGGACAAAUGGAGGGAAACGAUUCGAUGGUAUGCAAGUCACUGAUAUUAGCCGUGUCUGCCAUGUUAGCCGGUGAGAAGCUGAGUAAGAAUCCGUUGCUGGACAAUGAAGUUAAACAAACCAUUGAGUUGCUAGAAAGAGCCGGAAAGAUACUAAUGUCUGGAUCUACAAAAACCCAUCCAGAUGAUGAGAACACCAUGAUUGAACCCCAUUUCUACUUUAUAUACACAUUGAGUGCAUAUGAUUUAUACACAAGACUAAAUGACACAGAAUCAAAGCAACUUGUGUUGAUAAAGAACUACGCCAACUCCAAAUAUUGCAAACCUGAUCACCUCCUUCAGAUCGGUCUUAAUGCAUCAGAAGGACUACGACCAAAUACAGAAGUAGCUAUGUUUUGUCUGAAUACUUGUAUCUCUUCACUCCUUUCUUCUUCAUCACCAGAAUAUCAGACUGUGGCUCUCAUUCUCAGGAAACUAAUUACGAUCAUUGGUAUUCACAAAGGGAAUACAGAUGAUGAUAGUGAUGAUGGGGUGUAUGGAAUGUACAAGAAAGCAUACAGGAUUAUGGUGGGGUUGAAGGCAGGGGAGUAUCCGGUUGAGGAAGGGAAAUGGCUUGCCAUGACAGCAUGGAAUCGGGCAGCUCUGCMAGUGAGGCUGGGGCAGGUGGUGGAAGCAAAGAAGUGGAUGGAUAUGGGUUUGGAAUUGGCGGGCAGGGUUGCGGGCAUGGACACAUAUAAGUCUUGUAUGGAGGACUUUGUUUCUGGGGUCGAAAAGAAAGUCGAGGCUCAAGGCCAUCUCAUUACUGGAAGCUAGAGGUAUUCUUUUAAAUCAAGCUUUUUAAAAGAUGAAUCAUAUGAAAUAGAAGAGAUGAUCUCUAAGUUGGUGAAUGACUAAUAUAAAUAGGAUACAAAUCUU